AUAUAUGUAUGUAUGUGUUCACACACACAAACACACUUUCUUGUGCCACAUAUGCACAGACACAAACAAACACACACAGACAUCCAUCUAUUUAUGACAUACACUAAAAAAUUGUUACAAAAAAAUUCUCGAAUAAACUAUGUUCUUAUGUUUUUUACUCUAACAUUAUAAUAAAAAGUGACGAAGGAGUCAGCAUAUGUGGUCACUCAAGUUUACAACAUUACAAAGCAAAUAUAGCUGUUCUGAACAAUGAGAGAACAUACUACUAGUCUGGCAAUGCUAGUGCCGGCGACAGUGAACUAUACAAAUGCCGACAAAUGGAUUGCAGUUAGAUUUUACUUCAAUCACACAGCUGCCUCGUGCUCAUGGUGAUGAGCAGCAAGAACAGAAUGGGUCUGACACAGAGGGUGAAACAGCCACUUGUGGAGGGAAUAGCAUCCUAGCUUGUAAGUUUGGAAUGACAAUUAAUCGACUGUUUUUUACUAGAAAACGCAUGAGGGCAAAAUCUGGUAUGAAGUCCUCUAUCCAAGGAAGAGUGUACAACUUUUUAGAAAGACCUACUGGAUGGAGAUGUUUCAUAUAUCACUUCACUGUAUUCAUGAUGGUCCUAAUCUGUCUUAUAUUCAGUGUAUUGUCUACAAUUGAACAAUAUGCAGAAUUUGCAAAUGAAACUUUAUUUUGGAUGGAAAUUGUGUUGGUUUUAUUCUUUGGGAUAGAAUAUAUAGUACGUUUGUGGUCUGCUGGAUGUCGCAGUAAAUAUAUGGGCCUCAGAGGACGCAUACGUUUUGCUCGCAAACCAAUCUCCAUUAUAGACUGUAUUGUUGUAAUUGCGUCCAUCUUUGUCCUGUGUGUUGGUUUCAAUGGACAGGUUUUUGCUACUUCUGCCAUCAGAGGAAUUCGAUUUCUUCAGAUUCUACGAAUGCUACAUGUGGACCGACAGGGAGGUACCUGGAGAUUACUUGGCUCUGUUGUUUACAUCCACAGACAGGAACUAAUAACUACACUGUACAUUGGUUUCUUGGGUCUAAUAUUUUCAUCCUAUUUUGUUUACCUUGCUGAGAAAGAUAACAGCAACAAAGAGGGAGAGUCAGCUUUUAGCAGUUAUGCAGAUGCACUUUGGUGGGGUGUGAUAACAGUGACCACAAUUGGAUAUGGAGACACAGUACCCCAAACAUGGAUGGGACGAAUUGUUGCCUCAUGUUUUUCUGUUUUCGCAAUUUCAUUUUUUGCUUUACCAGCAGGGAUUCUCGGUUCAGGAUUUGCUUUGAAGGUUCAGCAGAAACAGCGCCAAAAACAUUUUAAUCGUCAAAUACCAACAGCAGCCAAUUUAAUACAGUGCCUAUGGAGAUGUCAGUCUGCAGAACCAUCAGUCAAUUCAACAGCUACGUGGAGGAUGCAUAUGCAAGACAGUCAAAGAUUUAGCCAAUCAUGUCAAAUAAAUUCCAAUGCUUCGAAUUUCUUCCGAGUUGGACGCCGUACUAGUUUAUUAAAGAAGCGGACACUUCACCGACCUAUCAAUACAAACAACAGUAUACUAGACAGAGAGGAUAGCUGUUCUUCUCUUCCAGGGUUGUUUGAAACUACAAAUAAACCUACAACACCAACUAAAUAUGGCAGUGGCAGAGACAACAUAGUCAAAAUGUGCAUACCGCCAGAGAAUAGUGAAAAUUCAAUGGAUGAUGGUGAUAAUGAAACAGAGUCUUCCAGAGUAUCUAAACCUUAUGAGUUAACCAGUGAACACAAAACAAUGAUUAGAAUUAUUCGAAAGAUCAAAUUUUUUGUAGCAAGACGGAAGUUUCAACAAGCUCGGAAGCCAUAUGAUGUACGUGAUGUUAUUGAACAAUAUUCUCAGGGGCAUCUUAACAUGAUGGUUAGAAUUAAAGAACUCCAAAGACGACUGGAUACGACUUUGGGGAAGCCAACAUACUUUGGUACACACAGAGAGAAAAUGACUCUGUGUGCAAAAGUCAAUAUUAUAGAAAACCAAGUUAUCAACAUUGACAGGAAAAUGGAUCAAGUCUUACUGAUUUUGAACAUGAUGUCUAAAACACGUUGUCUGGAGUUUAAUGGAGACAAAAGCCACAAGAGCAGUUAACAAAUGAUGACUUAAUCAGUUAAUCAGCAGAUACAUUUUAAAAGAGAUAUAUGGUUUUAUAUUUCUGGGACAAUAAAUCCACCAACUUACCUACCUUCUCAUCACAUCAAAACUCAUUAUCAUUAUUAUAAUUAGACUGAUGGAUUGGUAGAAUUGUAAGAGAGCUGGGCAAAAUGCCUUGUGAUAUUUAGCUACUGCUCUUUACAUUCUGAGUUUAAAUCAUGCCAAG